GAUCAUAACAUUCCAACAAAUGGCACUACUUUUUCUUUUCCUUUUUCUCUCUGUUCCCCUCCUCUAUCUUCUUUCCAGAACGUUCAUAAGCAAAUCAAGAUUCAAUCCACCAGGCCCUCCAAGACUUCCCUUUAUUGGAAACUUGCACCAAAUCGAUCUCUCAAACCUCCAUACUUCUCUAUGGCACAUCUCCAAAUCCUACGGCCCGAUCAUAUCUCUUCGCUUCGGUUUCAUCCCAGCCAUCGUUGUUUCUUCAGCACGUCUAGCUAAAGAAGUCUUGAAAACCCAAGAUAUUAUUUUCUGCAGUAGGCCACCAUUACGUGGCCAAUUAAAGGUGUCUUAUGAUGGCCUCGAUGUAGCUUUUUCACCCUACAACAAGAACUGGAGAGAGAUGAGAAAGAUUCUCAUGCUUCAUUUGUUAGGCCCUAAAAGGAUUCAAUCUUUUAGACAUAUCCGAGAAGAUGAUGUCUCAACUACUAUGAAGAAUAUACAUGAGUUGGCUCUUUCCUUUAAGCAUGUAAACUUGAGUGAAAUCAUGAAGAGCAUGACCAGUAACAUGAUGUUAAGAGUAGGUUUUGGUAUGAGGUACCAAGAUGGAAAUGAAAGAAAGGAGGUUCUUCAAUUACUUACUGAAUUUCAGGCAGUGCUGGCAAAGCUCUUUUUUUCAGAUCUUUGGCCUGGUCUGCCUUUUGUGGGUUUGGUUGAUAGGUUAUUGGGCAAGGUGGAUCAGGUAGAGAAAUGCUUCAAAUAUUUUGAUUCAUUUUACCAACAACUCAUUGAUGAACACCUCAACCUUCAAAACCCUAAUAAGUCGCAUGAUCGGGAAGAAGAGGACUUUAUCGACAUUUUACUACGACUCAAGAAAGAUCAACUCUUCAAUCUCACUUACGAUCACAUUAAAGCCAUGCUCAUGAAUGUAUUGGUAGCGGGAACGGAUACUAUUGCUGUUACCGUGGUUUGGGCGAUGACAGCACUAAUAAAGAACCCUAAAGUCAUGAAGAAAGCACAAGAAGAAGUAAGAAAUGUGGUUGGAAAGAAGGGUAAAGUAGAUGAGGAUGAUCUUCCAAAACUUACCUAUCUAAAGGCAGUGGUAAAAGAGACCUUAAGAUUAUACCCUCCGGCUCCUCUUCUAAUACCACGAGAAACAACAAAAGAUGCCAUUUUACAUGGCUACAAGAUCAAGCAAAAAACCCUGGUUUUCGUGAAUGCAUUGGCUAUCGGAAGGGACCCUGAAUGUUGGGAGAGCCCUGAGUUGUUCUUGCCUGAGAGAUUUAUGGGUAGCAAUAUUGACUUUAGAGGGAAUGAUUUUGAGUUCAUACCGUUUGGGGGCGGACGAAGAAUCUGUCCAGGAAUCUCGAUGGGAGAUGUUAUGGUGGAUCUUUUACUUGCUAAUCUUAUUUACUUGUUCGAUUGGAAUUUGCCUGAUGGCAUGAGGAAAGAAGAUGUAGACUUUGAGGUUUUGCCUGGAUUAACCAUGCACAAGAGAAAUGAGCUUCGCCUUUUAGCUCAUGUUAACUUGUAAAUGAUUAUCACCCAAAAACUUUCACUCUUUUAAAAUAAAUUAUCAUAUUUCUAUUUUAAUUUGUACCAAAAUAGAUAUUUAUUUUCAAGAACAGGUGUUUGGUUUCCA